UGGAGGGUCGCGGCGGUUAUGUGUACGUGUGUCUACGUGUAUGUUUGUCUUCCACUUUUAACAUUAGUAACCAAUUAUUGCUGGAAUCCGUAUCUGUUGUAAAUUUCUGGCAUUUUCAGAUUGAGAACCUUUGUUACAAUGUUUUAAUGAAAAGCACACAAUAAUUUAGAAUUCAGCAGGAUCCCAGCACUUAUUAGAAUUCAGAAUGCUUCCUGGUUCUUCAGUCUAUUGCUCUUGACUCUUGGGAACCUAAACCUGCAGUCUGAUGGCAACACAUGAAACAUAAAGGGUUGAAAUUGCAGUGUGACAAAUUACCUUGAAAUAUGGAACACUUUAUGCAUUUCAGAGUUCUGCUGCUGCUGUCAUUUGGUUCCAUUCUGUGGAUGGAAGGGGAAGCUUCUGAGCACCAUGACAAGCCCAACUUUUUGUUGAUAAUGGCGGAUGAUCUCGGCAUUGGUGAUGUGGGCUGCUUUGGCAACACCACCAUCAGGACUCCUCAUAUUGACCAACUUGCUCAAGAUGGAGUGAAGCUCACUCAUCACAUCUCGGCGGCUCCACUGUGUUCUCCAAGCAGGACUGCUUUCAUGACCGGCAGAUACCCAAUCAGAUCAGGAAUGGCCAGUAUAGGAAGAGCUCCAGUUCUGUUGUGGACAGCGGGAUCAGGUGGGCUUCCACCAAAUGAAAUAACAUUUGCAAAGGUCCUUCAAGAAAAAGGUUAUUCUACUGGGAUAGUAGGAAAAUGGCAUCUGGGUGUGAACUGUAAUAGCCGGGACGAUCUAUGCCAUCACCCCAAUAACCAUGGCUUUGACUACUUUUAUGGAAUGCCUUUCACUCUUUUCAGUGAAUGCAAAGAAGGACAUGGAAGGAUAAUCUUACCUGAUGUUAGGAUUUUUAUCUGGAGAAUCUCUGAGAUUAUAGGCUUGGCUAUUCUCACGGCGGUCUCCCUCAGACUACUUGGCCUUUUGUUUUUGAACUGUAAGUUUAUACUACUGCUUGUCCUCGCGUACAUUUUGUGCAUCAGCGCUUGGUACUUACCUUUUCAAUUCAUUAAUAUUUGGAACUGCAUUAUCAUGAGGAACGGUGAAGUCGUAGAGCAACCCAUGGCCCUUGAAACUCUUCCACUGCGACUAUUGAAUGAGGCGGAAGGCUUCCUUCAGAGAAAUAAGGAUAAACCAUUUCUCCUGUUUGUGUCUUUUCCUCAUGUGCAUUCACCUCUCUUUGAGUCUGAGAGAUUUAAGGGGAAGAGCAAGCAUGGCCUAUAUGGUGAUAAUAUUGAAGAAAUGGACUGGAUGACAGGCAGGAUUGUGAAAAUGGUUGAAGAUCUAGGCCUAUCAAAGAAAACAUUUGUUUACUUCACCUCUGACCACGGAGGACAUGUGGAGCAUGCAGAUUCCAGUGGUCAGGUUGGAGGCUGGAAUGGAAUUUACAAAGGUGGCAAAGGUAUGGCAGGGUGGGACGGUGGAAUCCGUGUGCCAGGCAUUAUCAGGUGGCCUGGCAAACUACCAGCAGGGAAAGUUAUUGACAAACCCACCAGUCUAAUGGAUAUUUUCCCAACUGUGGUAAAUAUUGCAAAUGGACAACUCCCUACAGACAGAAGCAUUGACGGCCAUGACCUGCUCCCAUUGAUUCAAGGUGAAGUCCCUCAUUCAAGACAUGAGUUCAUGUUUCAUUACUGUGGCGUAGACAUCCACGCUGUCCGAUGGCAUCCCCGAAACAACAGUGACUCUGUUUAUAAAGUUCAUUUUUUUACUCCAAAUUUUAAUCCCCCCGGAGCGAUUGGCUGCUAUAAUAUAAUGAUCUGCCGAUGCUAUGGUGAGUUUGUCUCUCGGCAUGACCCUCCUCUGGUGUUUGAUAUUUCAAGAGAUCCUUCCGAGAGCUUACCUCUGUCUCCUGAAGUUGAACCACGGUAUUCUGAAAUUUUGCAACGGGUGCAAGAAGUGAUGGAAGAGCACCAGAAAGCCGUCAAACCAGUCCCAAGUCAGUUCACAGUGAGCGAGAUCAUGUGGAAGCCGUGGUUACAGCCAUGCUGUGGGACAUUCCCCUUCUGCUCCUGUAAAGAGUCAAAUGGUUCUUAAUGGUCAUUAGCUGGACUUGGAGGAUGACAAGAGAAACAUGCGGAGGUGUAAUAUUACUGGUGUACACAUUGUUUUUAAAGUCUACAGAUUGUUUAUUACAGAGUUCAACAUUAAUAUAUGUGCGAGAAGGUGUUGAGUUUCUGAAAAUAAAGACUGAGUAUGUGCGUGUGUGGAGGGAGAGGAGUGAGCGUACUGUAUUGCAGCUUAUCCAGAUAGAAAGACCAAAGUAAGGCAUGUCAUAAAUAUGAUGUGUGUUAUAAUUUAAUUAAUGUUAACUUUUGACUGUUAAUAUUUUAGCAGAUGGGUCAACAGUUAAAAGGGCAUGUUUCUAAUUUUGUUUUUAAUUUUCAACCUCAAAUUAAAAUGUACCUGUGUCUUUUCUUUUAUAGCUUUUAUCGAUCAUACAGCCUUUUCAUAUGUCCUAAUCUACUGUACAUUCAGAUUGAAUUUAUUUUAAUUACAUUUUGUACCAAAGGAAUUUUAAUGCAAUUUGUAAUCAUUAAAC